GGACACAGUGAGGUUCUCACCCCCGCCCCCAGCUCCCAUCCCCAGUUCCAUCAAAGCGAACCCGGGCCAGCGCAAGGAUCUCCGAGUUGCGAAUGUGCUGAGGCUGGGACUGUCACUCAUUCUCCGAUCAGCGCGUGAACGCAGCUCGGUGGCGGCUGGCAGGAAACAAUUCUGCAAAAAUAAUCAUACUCAGCCUGGCAAUUGUCUGCCCCUAGGUCUGUUGCUCUGCCGCUGUCCACACUCGCUGCACGGGGGGGGGGGCAGAGAAUUUACCGCGGCAAGAACAUCCCUCCCGGCCAGCAGAUUACAAUGCUGCAAACUAAGGAUCUCAUCUGGACUUUGUUUUUCCUGGGAACUGCAGUUUCUCUGCAGGUGGAUAUUGUUCCCAGCCAAGGGGAAAUCAGCGUCGGAGAGUCCAAAUUCUUCCUAUGCCAAGUGGCAGGAGAUGCCAAAGAUAAAGACAUCUCCUGGUUCUCCCCCAAUGGAGAAAAGCUCACCCCGAACCAGCAGCAGAUCUCGGUGGUGCGGAACGAUGACUCUUCUUCCACCCUCACCAUCUACAAUGCCAACAUCGAUGAUGCCGGCAUUUACAAGUGCGUGGUCACUGCAGAGGAUGGCACCGAGUCAGAGGCCACGGUCAAUGUGAAGAUCUUCCAGAAGCUCAUGUUCAAGAACGCACCAACUCCACAGGAGUUCAGGGAGGGGGAAGAUGCCGUGAUUGUGUGUGAUGUGGUCAGCUCCCUCCCCCCAACCAUCAUCUGGAAACACAAAGGCCGAGAUGUCAUCCUGAAAAAAGAUGUCCGAUUCAUAGUCCUGGCCAACAACUACCUCCAGAUCCGGGGUAUCAAGAAAACAGAUGAGGGCACUUACCGCUGUGAAGGCAGGAUCCUGGCACGCGGGGAGAUCAACUUCAAGGACAUUCAGGUCAUUGUGAAUGUGCCGCCCACCGUCCAGGCCAGACAGAGCAUAGUGAAUGCCACCGCCAACCUCGGCCAGUCCGUCACCCUGGUGUGCGAUGCCGAAGGCUUCCCAGAACCCACCAUGAGCUGGACAAAGGACGGGGAGCAGAUAGAGAAUGAGGAGGAUGAGAAGUACCUCUUCAGCGACGACAGCUCUGAGCUGACCAUCAGGAAGGUGGACAAGAACGACGAGGCCGAGUACGUCUGCAUCGCCGAGAACAAGGCCGGCGAGCAGGAUGCGUCCAUCCACCUCAAGGUCUUCGCAAAACCCAAAAUCACCUACGUAGAGAACCAGACUGCCAUGGAACUAGAGGAACAGGUCACGCUUACCUGUGAAGCCUCAGGAGACCCCAUUCCCUCAAUCACCUGGAGAACAUCCACCCGAAACAUCAGCAACGAAGAAAAGGCUUCGUGGACUCGACCAGAGAAGCAAGAGACCCUGGACGGGCACAUGGUGGUCCGCAGCCAUGCCCGCGUGUCGUCCCUGACCCUGAAGAGCAUCCAGUACACAGACGCUGGGGAGUAUAUCUGCACCGCCAGCAACACCAUCGGCCAGGACUCCCAGUCCGUGUACCUCGAAGUGCAAUAUGCCCCCAAGCUUCAGGGCCCUGUGGCUGUGUACACUUGGGAGGGCAACCAGGUGAACAUCACCUGCGAGGUGUUUGCCUACCCCAGUGCCACAAUCUCAUGGUUCCGAGACGGUCAACUGCUGCCAAGCUCCAACUACAGCAACAUCAAGAUCUACAACACCCCGUCCGCCAGCUACCUGGAGGUGACCCCGGACUCUGAAAAUGAUUUUGGAAACUAUAACUGUACCGCAGUGAACCGCAUCGGACAGGAGUCUUUGGAAUUCAUCCUUGUCCAAGCAGACACCCCAUCAUCACCAUCCAUUGACCAGGUGGAGCCAUAUUCUAGCACAGCACAGGUGCAAUUUGAUGAGCCAGAGGCCACAGGCGGGGUGCCCAUCCUCAAAUACAAGGCUGAGUGGAGAGCAAUAGACGAGGAAGUGUGGCACUCCAAGUGGUAUGAUGCCAAAGAAGCCAGCAUGGAAGGCAUCGUCACCAUCGUGGGCCUAAAGCCCGAGACAAUGUACGCGGUCCGGCUGGCGGCCCUCAAUGGCAAGGGUCUGGGUGAGAUCAGCGCAGCCUCCGAGUUCAAGACGCAGCCAGUCCAUAGCCCUCUUCCACCGGCUCCUGCUAGCUCUUCCACCCCUGUUCCAUUGUCUCAUCCAGAUACAACCUGGCCUCUUCCUGCCCUUGCCACCACCAAACCAUCUAGGGAACCCAGUGCACCUAAGCUCGAAGGGCAGAUGGGAGAGGAUGGAAACUCUAUUAAGGUGAACCUGAUCAAGCAGGAUGACGGCGGCUCCCCGAUCCGACACUACCUGGUCAAGUACCGAGCGAAGCUCUCCUCCGAAUGGAAACCAGAGAUCAGGCUCCCAUCUGGCAGUGACCACGUCAUGCUCAAGUCCCUGGACUGGAAUGCCGAGUACGAGGUCUAUGUGGUGGCUGAGAACCAGCAGGGAAAGUCCAAAGCAGCUCACUUUGUGUUCAGGACCUCGGCCCAGCCCACAGCCAUCCCAGCGACCUUGGGAGGCUCCUCCGCGUCCUACACCUUUGUCUCAUUGCUUUUCUCUGCAGUGACUCUUCUCUUGCUCUGUUAGGAACUUGAAUGCCAAAAAACUAAAUUUGCCUAAAAGCCCAGUUCCUAUGACAAUGAUCAGUGCCCCCUUUGGAAGAAUCUGUCAGGACUGCCAUGGCCACACCACCAAGCUCUCUGUGGAAGAGGAAGGUUUGGCAAUUGGAAAAAGCUGGACCUCCAGACUUAUUACCCUUCACAGAUACUUUUGUGCCACUUCAUAAGGAGUUUGCCCCCUUUUUCAUAGCAGUAUAAAAAUGUUUGGGAGCUCUUCUCUUUAAACUCUCUCUAUAUAAUAUAUAUUAAAAAAAACAACAAAAAACCAUUACACUAGGUUUACAGAAAAGUUUCUGCACAUCUGCUACUGGUUGCAUUUUUGAUUCUUACCUGAAAAUGAUGUAGCAGAGAAGGAUUUCUAAGUACUCUCUAAAGCUUGCAUCAGAUUGUUAAAAUCACCCCGUGUCCCCAUUGUAACCCUGUGCUCCUCUGCUGCCCUUCAAUAAGUAGUUGGCUUCGCUCGCAUUUAAGUGCCCCUGGUAAGCCUGCUGCGAUUUGCCAGAGCAUUUUGCUGGCAUGAUGGGCAAAGUAAGUCACCCUGUUGCCCAUGCAGCGGAAGAACUCGGAUUUGUUGAGUAUUUUCUGGGGCUGAUCCAGCAUCCUGGGAGGCGCUUUGGUCCUGGUAGUAUAACCAGCACCCGACGCUGGCUCUGUGAACAGGGCCACCCUAGGACGUGCCCAGCACCUGUGGGCUCUGGAAGGUGCAUGUCUCCCAGUCAGGGUGAUACCUGCUGCAUGGCUACAGAUCAGCCACAGACCUCGUGUCUUGGCGGAUGUGGCCCAACUGUGACCCACAUUAUCGCGUAAGCAUCAGUCCCCCAGGUUGGAAGCAUCCACUGUGAGCCUGGCGUGAGUCGCGCCCCCCUCCCCACAUGUGCUCAGUAGAGCGCAAGGCAGAGCCAGCCCAGAGUGCCCAUAAAUUGGAACCCAGCCAACCUGUCAUACUGCCCGAGUGCCCCGACCCCCUGUCGGUCAGUGGCUUCAGUGACAUUUUAAAAAUUCUGGUGGAAGCCAGCUGCCCCUCUGCUGUUGGGGGUACCCCACGACAUGCCCAGGAGAGGAGGUGAGGUGCAUUUGUUAAAGUUCCCCGUAGAGACUCGGGUGAAUCCUGCUCAGGGGCGUCAGUGUCUGAGCUCGGGGGUACCUUCUCCUGAAUAAAAACUGCCCCCUCCGUUGUGGUCACAUAUCAUUCCACAUAUCUCAUCUCUGAGCAUUUCCACAGAAGUUUGAUCUUUGUUCUUUUUGGUUUCUUUACUUUUUGGUUCUGUUGUUAUUUUUUAAUGUUCAAAGACGAGCCUUUCUCUUUGGGAAUCCAAAUGAUCCUAUGGUCUUCAGGGCAGAGCUGCCCGUGUCAGUGGGCACAGGCCCGUGUCCCCAGCGCUGGCAGUUUAGAGGGUCAGGUACACACACCGGAGGCCACAGGCUACAGCUGUCCCAACAGCUCAGCCAGGCAGCGCCUGUCGCCCCAGCCCCGUUGGCCUCCAGCCCCGCCAUGAACCUCUCCCCCGGGAUCCCCGAUCUCCCGUCCCACCACAGCAGCAGGAGCAGACACGGUUCUUAGGCACAAGGCAGAGUAUCAAGAAGAGGCCCAUGGUGCCUCCGGGCCCGGCGUAGAAUCCCAGGGCCAUUAGGAGGGCAAAGGAGGGAGAGGUGGUCCUCACGCAGGUCACCCGUCACUGUCCCCUGACUCCCGGCAGGCUUCUUGGUAUCGUCUUCGGCAGAAGUUGCAUAUUCACCCAGGAGUGCCCAUCUCAGAGGUCUGCCCCACCCUGGUCCCAGUCCCAUAGGCAAAGGCCUAUGUCUGUGUUUCUGAAGACCUGGCCCGAAGUGUGGGGAGGCCUGACAUCCAUGACUCUGUCCCCUCAGCUCAUUCUGGGCCAAGCAGGCCUCAGCUGAAGCAACUUUAGGGUCAUUGCAUUGGCCCCAUUCAGACAGGCCCAUGUUUUGUAAGGGAUGCCCUUCGGGAGACAGCAUUCAGGCACGCCCGCUCCCACCGGACACUGAGUUCUCUCAUGGUGGCUGCAGCCCUCAGCCCUGCCGGGAACCCCUAAGACAGGCCCUGAAGGAGGGAACGCUCGCUGCCCCGCUCAGCCGCCCUGCCCCUGCGCCCUGUCUCAGUGCUGCCCAGUCUCGACACGCCACAGGGCUUCUCUGCUCGUUUUUUGGAAUAUUUAUACGGCAGGUGUGGAUCACGUUUUUCUACUAAUAAGAAUGCUAACGUUGUUGUGCAGAUAAUCAGCGAGGCCUUGAUGAAGGUUACACCUUCGCAUUAUUAAAGGAAAUAACAGUUC